UCCCUCAGCCAAUCACAUGGCAGGAGACGCUAGAGAACGGCUCUACACACUUCGCGUCAGUGGUGCGCAGACUCAGAUUGACAGAGGAAGGAGCAGGACUAACGUCCACAGAGGAUCACCCCUGUACGUACAAAGCUCUAAGGAGCUCAUCACCACCAGUAAAGCUGUAUAAGCACCGGGUUGACGGGACGGAAGGAAGCGGCGCGUCGUACGGGGAGCUGCCUUCUGACAUCGCCAUGAGCUACAAACCCAUAGCUCCUGCGCCAUCUGGCUCCAACCACACUCCCCCAGGCUCGUCCGUGCCCUCUCCAUCCCUCCCCUCAUCAUCCAGCUUUAGGCCGGCGUUCAGUGACUUUGGCCCACCCUCCAUGGGCUUUGUUCAGCCUGUCAAAGUGUCACAAGGGUCGACUUACAGCGAACUCCUAUCUGUCAUUGAGGAGAUGAGCCGUGAGAUCAGGCCUACGUACGCUGGGAGCAAGAGCGCUAUGGAGAGGCUAAAGAGAGGGAUAAUCCACGCCCGUGCACUUGUCAGGGAGUGUCUGGCUGAGACGGAAAGAAGCGCUCGUACAUAACCCUUUGGAAAAGCUCCCUGCACCCUUCCCCUGUAAAAUCCCUCCCUCGUCAUUGUCUGAUUUAACGCCUUUUUCUUUAUCCUUCCAUGUUUUGUGCUUUUCCUCUUGGCUUUUUAUAGGUGCAGAAAAUCCUUCUUGUCUCCACUGAUCCCUGAAACCGUUUCUGUUUUUCUGUGACCUGUGAGGUGUAUGCAACACACAGUUUUGUAUCUACUUUGAAAUAAGAGUGUGGGGAAUUUAAACACAUUUUUAAGUAGACACGGGGAAACACAUUUUUAAGUAGAUUCGUGGCAAAAAGCUUGGAUGGGAAUGUUUAUAGUAUUUGUUCAAUAAUUGCAGUUGACCAAGAAGACUGACUUUUCUUAAAAUGUUCACCAUUUAAGAGAAGAAAUGUUUAAACUGCACAUGUCCUCAAGUUUCUAAUCCGAACGCCACUCUGAAACCACUUCAUGUUUUCUGAUUUCCUUCUAUUUCACCAUAUUAUGUAGUGUAAACACACAGUAGUUGUUUUCGCAGUCCCAAUACCUCUGUACAUCUCAAGUCAGUUUGUUAGUACGGAAAUUUUGUAAACCAGAUUUUUGCAGUUCAUUAUGUAUAUCUUAAUUAAAUAACAUGAAAAAAAAACUGUUUCAGGUUCAUUGAUGUUAGAUAAUGAAUUUCGAUCAGGAAAAUCCUAUUGUAAAUCAAAAUACAAAGUUGGGGAUAAACAUUUAUUUUGAGUUACAUAAUCACAACCACAAUAACAUCUCACUUCAGGAUAAUGACCCACUGCUUCACAUGAACAGUAAGCGUAGCUCUUUCUGAGCAGGGGCCUGUACUACGAAGCGAGUUCAACAUACCCAGGAUAACCCCCUAACCAUCGCAGUCCGGCUAAGCGGUCCCACGAAGCUGGUUAUCAACUGGUUAAGUCAACCCAGCUUUGCUUCAUCAAGAUCUGAGCGUGUGCACAUGACCAAUCACAGACAUGGACACGUUUAACCGGCAGCAGCAUAUUUCACAAUGAGGAGCAACUGUUGCAUUACAAAAAGAGGUGGAGAACAAACACAUUAUACCGACUAAAAUAAACUGUUAAAGCUGGUAAAAAAAAUCUCUUAAGUGUGAAUGUGUAAGUUACAUUUGGGAAAAAAAAGAUUGUGUGACCACGAUAUAAUUCAGCAUGGGAAGGAGAUAAAUAACUCAGGGCCAAGAAAAAUGAAAAUGUUCUUUACUAAAAGACCUGUUGAACUAAAGUGAUGAAGCCUUUUGGAUGAGAGACAAAACGUUUCACUUAAUCAAGUGGUGUAGCCUCUAUAAUGAGCUUUGGUUUGACACACAUGUUGGCAUCAGCGAUUGACAGACAUUGUUUUAAAUGGCCCUUAUCCUUCCCUUUAAGGAGCGUGGACACUGGGCAACAGUGUAGUGUCAUUUUGGUGAGGGCUGAUUGUUCCGAGUCUCAGUGAAAGAGAGAGGGGAGGGAUGGGGGCUGUCACAAGGUAAAUCUGUAAACUCUAUCCCCCAUUCCUAAUAAAUAUUUAAACUCAUAGGAUAAACCUAGUUAAAGGGAAUGAUGAAAAUAUAUAAACUAUGUCUGGUUAUCCCGACCCUAACACAUGGUGAGCUGUUCAGCAAAACGGUUCCGUGGUGAUUUACCCCGAUAGAAGUGAACCAGCUUCGUAGUACAGCGGCCAGGUGGAAGAGAUGCCAAGAGUUAUUGAUGAAUAUAUAUUGAAAAAAAACAACAUAAUGGUAGCAUUUCUUAUAUAUAUGAAACAAAAACACAGGAGAAAGCAAAAAGAUCAAUUCCACGUGUGUUACAUAGUGAUUGUCACAGACCGCUCAGUUUCCCAGUUGCUUCUCCCAGGAGAUAAUGGCCUCCUGUUCGGAUCUAUUGAUCAAGACAGAAAACAAUCUGACAGUGCAAGGCAGAGGUGUUCACGUGAGUACAUCAUGUUCCUGGUGCAAAAAAAAAAAAAAGGAGAGCAUUGACUUAUAAAUUCUCUUUGUUUGACUAAAGUUACUGGGAAUAAAAAUAAUUAUCCCACAGCUAAAGUAAUUUAACAGUAUGUGUGUAAGAUACUUGUUUCUAAUACACUGGCAAAUUGAUGUUUGGUAUAGAAA